AUGCCAUCCGGCCACCUCACGCCCAGGAUACCGAUUUCUUGUGUAAAUCUUAAAGUCAAUCUCUCUCAGGCAAGGGCCGUCGAGAAAAUCUUGUCUGUUUCAGGUACAGAUCGAGUGGUUUUGAUUCAGGGACCCCCAGGCACUGGCAAGACGACAGUCAUCACUGCUGCAGUUACCAGCAUUAUUUCGUUCCCAGAUGCUAGUAGUCGGACUGUCUGGAUAGCUGCACAAUCGAAUGUCGCUGUGAAGAACGUUGCUGAGAAGCUUGACAAAAUAGGCUUCUAUGACUUUGCAUUACUGGUGUCGAAGGAGUUCCACUUUGAUUGGCACGAGCAUCUUUACAAGAGGCUUGAACCGCGUCUCAUUCGCUCUGAAACGUUCAGUCGCAAUGUCAUUGGCGCGUCCAGGCAACUCCGCGGCGCCAGGGUCGUCAUGUGCACCCUGGGCAUGUUAUCAAACGACCAAAUUGCACCCUUCGUCGACGUCAAUCCAGUGGAUAUUCUAAUCUUUGACGAAGGGAGUCAGAUAGAAGUCGGAAAUUAUCUCCCGGUUUUGGACCGUUUUAGGUACACCCUGGCGAAGAUUGUUUUUAUUGGAGACGACAAACAGUACCGCAUGCCAAGCGCUAUCGGUGACUUCAUAUCACAAAAUGUCUACGAUGGGAAGCUGAAGACCUGUCACGAGAACUCCGUCAGUCUACCAUGCCGCUUCGUCAAUGUUGAAAGAGGACAAGAAACACGAUCAGGAAAGAGUUGGACAAAUCCUUCAGAAGCACAAGUUGUAGUGCAGAUUGCUGGUGCAUACCAGGCUAAUGGACUAGACUUUCGUAUCAUCACACCAUACGAUGCCCAACGCGCCCUCAUUGAACAUGAGCUGGAAGAGACAAACUUACAUCAUGAAGACAAAGUAUUCAACGUAGACUCAUUUCAAGGCAACGAAGCAGAACACAUCAUCAUUUCUGUGGUUAGAUCGGAUAAACUUGGCUUCCUGGCUAACCAGCGACGAACCAAUGUCAUGCUUACUCGCUGCAAAAAAACCAUGAUUAUAUGCACGAGCCAAGCAUUCAUUUGGGGUCCAGCGGCGUCUACUCUUAUUGGAAAACUUGCAACCGCCCUUGGACCACAAGCGUGGGUACAU